GGGAGUUGAGUAGUGCGUACUGAGAUCGGAUGGCCUGUGAAGCCUAAAAUAUUUGUUGUUUGGCCUUUUAAAGAAAAAGUUUGCCAACCCCCUGUUCUAGAGCAAUGCCUGGUAUUAUAGUAGAUACAUGUAAACCUUUUCAUUGUAAUCCAGUCAGGCUUACUGUGUGACAGGUGUAGUUCUAAGGACUUUAUGAGGACUAUGUCGUUUAAUUCUCAUAUUAAUCCUAGGAUGUUGGAUUUCCCCCAUUUUGUAGAUGAGGAAAAUGGGGCACAGAAUGGUCAUGAAGCUUACCCAGCAUGCUCGACACACCUCACUUCUGGGGACUGUACCUUCUUGAACCUCCUUAUCCUCACAUGGCUUGACUCCUGGACCCCACUUGAUUAGCCCACAGUUUCCUCAUCUGUAAGAUGGAAAUGAGCCUGUCUCGGUUAUUGUGAGGAUCCAGAUGACAUGAGUGUACUGCAGGUGGAGUUGCUCAAAAAAUAUACAUUGCCUUCUGCUACUACGAGGGCCUGGCAUUGCUGUUUUUGGUUUUGCUGCUUACUUCCUCCAGAUGGUUUGGAUUUGCAGUGAGGAUUGAGACCCACUCAAUGGCGACCCCUGUGAAAGGGUCGUUCGACCCCCAAAGGGGUCUCAACCCACAGGUUGAGAACCGCUGUAUUAGAGGAUGACCCCUCUAACGAAGUGCCAGGAAGGCAAUGAGGAUGCAAGUGGAGCUGGUCAGAUGACGGCCAGCCCAGAUUCGGUGUCCUCCUAUCUGUGAAAAUGUCUGCCAGGACCCAGCUAGCGGCCAGAGCUUCCCUUAUUGAGCAACUGCUGUCUGAAGGGAACUUUGAGGAUCUUGGCAACCACCUGACGGAGCUGGAAACUCUGCACGUGACCAAGGAGCAUCUCCAGCAGACACAUGUGGUCAGGGCUCUGUACCGUGUCCUCAAAAACUGCCCCACCGUGGCUUUGAAGAAGAAGGUCAAGUGCCUCCUGUUGAAAUGGAAAGCUCUUUAUAAUGAUCCUCAUUUCAAACCAAGAGACAGCCCCAAAUUCUUUCCUGUGGGUGACAAGGACAAAAAUUCAGGACUUUCUUAUGACUCACGUCCAGAUGAGACAUUGAGAGGCUCCAGUUCUGAUUCUCUAUCUUCCCAAGAUGCUAUAGCAAAAGCCGCUGAAAUGCUUGUGCCUGAAAAUAACCCGAAUGGAAUGGAACCUAAGGAAGAGGAUGUCAAGGGCGGCGACCCCAAAUCCACUGACCAGAGAUCAAGUGAGUUGCUACCUCCUGCAGUGCCCGUGAGAAUGAAAUGCACAGAGCUUCUUUAUGAAGCUUUAACUAGUUCUUCCACCGAGCAGCCCAAAGCCGAGUUGUGGCAAAGCUUUGCAAGAGAAAUUGAAGAGCAUGUUUUUACCCUGUAUUCAAAGAACCUCAAAAAAUAUAAAACUUGUAUCAGAAGCAAAGUUGCCAAUCUGAAGAACCCCCGAAAUUCUCACUUACAACGAAACUUGCUCUCUGGGACCAUGUCGCCAAGAGAAUUUGCCGAAAUGACGGUCAUGGACAUGGCAAGCAAGGAGCUGAAAGAGUUGAGAGCUUCCUACACGGAAUCUGGCAUUCAGGAACAUUGCCUUCCCCAAGUGAUGGAGGGCACCCAGACAGAGAAAAUAAAAUGCAAACACUGUGAAAAGUUCAAUUGCAAGGUCACUGUAAUUGACAGAGGAAUACUUUUCCUUCCAAGUUGGGUGCGGAAUUCAAACCCAGAUGAACAAACGAUGACCUAUGUAAUCUGUAAUGAAUGUGGGCAACAGUGGUACCAUAGCAAUUGGGUGUGCUUGUAAUUGUAAAUAAAUGCUCUGGGACCGGCACAUAUCUUAAAUGUAUAUAGAUUUUGUCAGGAAGUUAUAUUAGACUAAUAACUUUACGAUUGUGAGAAUCAGAAAAGAGUAAGAGAACAAACAAAAAUCACCUAAAUCUUGCCGUUCAGGAAAUCCCAGUCUAAAAUGUUGUGUAUCUAUUUUCAGCCUUUUCGCUUGUGAUGUUUAAGUAAAAUUUGGUUGAGACUCUAUAUGACGUUUUUAAAUAACAGCUUUAUUCAGUUGGCUGGGCAUCCUCUUGUAUUCCCUGUCAGGGC